CUCCCCUUUGUGUAAGGUAAGCUCUUCGACAAUCGCCCUUUUAUCGGCGCUCCGGUUUAGUCAUCCGUCGUAUAUCGAGUUUUUAGAGAGAGAGACCUCACCAUGACCGAGAACGACGUUGACAAUGAGCUGCUGGAUUAUGAAGAUGAUGAGGUGGAAAACCAAACUGCUGGAGAAGGGGUGGACGUCCCAUCUAAAAAAGACGUCAAGGGAUCCUAUGUCUCCAUCCACAGUUCUGGCUUCCGUGAUUUCCUAUUGAAACCAGAACUCUUGCGUGCCAUUGUUGAUUGCGGCUUUGAGCACCCUUCAGAAGUACAACACGAGUGUAUUCCACAAGCAAUCUUGGGCAUGGAUGUCCUGUGCCAGGCCAAAUCUGGCAUGGGCAAGACUGCCGUCUUCGUUCUUGCUACGCUUCAGCAGUUGGAACCAAUAACAGGACAGGUUUCUGUGCUGGUGAUGUGUCACACGCGUGAGCUGGCCUUCCAGAUUAGUAAGGAAUACGAACGGUUCUCCAAGUACAUGCCCAGUGUCAAGGUGGCAGUGUUCUUUGGGGGCCUGUCCAUCAAGAAGGAUGAAGAGGUUCUGAAGAAGAACUGCCCCCAUAUUGUGGUGGGGACCCCGGGCCGCAUCCUGGCUUUGGCCCGCAACAAGAGCCUUAACCUCAAACAUAUCAAGCAUUUCAUCCUGGACGAAUGUGACAAAAUGCUUGAGCAGCUUGAUAUGCGUCGAGAUGUCCAGGAGAUCUUCCGCAUGACCCUGCAUGAAAAGCAGGUCAUGAUGUUCAGUGCUACUCUCGGCAAGGAAAUCCGCCCCGUGUGCCGCAAAUUCAUGCAAGACCCUAUGGAGAUCUUCGUGGAUGACGAGACCAAGCUGACGCUGCACGGUCUGCAGCAGUAUUAUGUCAAACUGAAAGACAACGAGAAGAACCGCAAGCUGUUUGACCUGCUUGAUGUGCUGGAGUUCAACCAGGUGGUCAUCUUUGUGAAAUCUGUGCAGCGUUGCAUAGCUCUGGCCCAACUCUUGGUGGAGCAGAACUUCCCAGCCAUUGCCAUCCAUAGAGGCAUGCCCCAGGAAGAGAGAUUGUCACGGUACCAGCAGUUCAAGGAUUUCCAGCGUCGUAUCUUGGUAGCCACCAAUCUGUUUGGUCGUGGCAUGGAUAUUGAGCGGGUCAACAUUGCUUUCAACUACGAUAUGCCAGAGGAUUCAGACACCUAUUUGCACCGGGUGGCUCGUGCUGGUCGCUUUGGCACAAAGGGCCUGGCGAUCACUUUCGUGUCAGAUGAGAAUGAUGCUAAGAUCCUAAAUGAAGUGCAGGACCGCUUCGAAGUGAACAUCAGUGAACUGCCUGAUGAGAUUGAUAUCUCCUCCUACAUUGAACAGACCCGAUAAAAGGGGGCUUGCCUCUCCACGUUGACCUUGGUUUUAAUUCCUGACCUCUGCCACUUUCCUGAAACUUCACAUUUAAUUUCACCUGAUGGAGAAAGAAGUGACUGACUGACUGUCUGGAAUACAAACCCACCCCAGUCCUGUGGCAGGGACAGAAGAGCAUCUGUCACUCUUAACUAACGUGUAGCGGAAACGAGGCCGGUCACAGCAAACCUCCAUUGCUCAUCGGGGGGAGAGCGAGAGCCCUUGGGAUGGAAGUCUCAUCGCUCGACCCGCACCAAGACGGAAGGAGCCACCCUCCCUGUUGAUGAUGCUUUUACAAGAGACUUUGAUUUUUCAGACGGAUGUUCACUGCCUGCCUGCCUACCAGCAAGUUUUGGGGAGGGAUUCCUCAUGUUGCAUC